AUGGAUGAAUCAAGACAAAGCUUAUUGCAUGAUUCCUCAAAUGAUGAAAAGCUCAAAGGUGGCCACAUGGUGGAGACUUUACCCUUGUUCCCAACAUUUCCCGAUUUGGCACCAGCUACAUCGAGACUUCAUUCAGGUGAUGUUGCAACUGGUGUUCAUCAAAACAGGAAGCGGCCAUCCUUUGCAGGGCGACCCCAAGAGAUUGAAAAAGAUGAUGAAAUUAAUCAGCCGGCUUUGAAGAAACAUGACCUUGACUUGAGUUUAUCACUGAAUUCUUCCGCAAGGGAAAAAAAAUGCUUAGCCAGCUCGGUGGGUUCAUCACAUGCAACGUUCGAGCUGAAUGAGCAUCAAAAUAGUAAGAAGAGUCCUUCUGAUCAUGAGGUGCAUUCGAAGUUCUCAUCCGAAAACCAAGCGAAGAAUGUCAAUCCGGAAAGCUCUCAAAGUAGUGCCACAACUCGACUUCCCAACGCUGUAAAUGUUGUAGACAUAAAUGGCCCAUCUGAUUCAUUGAAGCACCAGACGGUCAAACGUGUUUUCAAGCCUUUUCCCGAGAAAAUUGAUAUCUCGAGUGUAGUGCCAGAUCACAGGCCUGGCGUAUUAGGAAACUCAGAAAAGGCCACGUUUCCUAAUAUUUUCAGGGGCUGGGACGGUGAUACUAUAAGUAGGAUACAAACCCAUAUUUUUGAUAAUGGAAUGGGAAUGAUCAAGGGAUUUCGUGAGGACAAUUUAGAUCCAAAAGUUUGGCCAUGGAUUUCCGUCGUUGGGGCAGCUCUUCAUGAAUCAGCAACUAAACCGGUUAAAAAACAUCUGGAUACAUGGAUGAAGCUUUUGGGGCAAUCACCUCACCUCAAACCUCAACCAUCUCUGGUAAAGACUUCAAGCUUAGUUGAAGCCUCAAGCUCAAGCUUCGAUCAACAUGUCAAAAUGCGACAAAUCCUGUGCUUGAUGCUAGCUCUAAAUUUCAGAGUUUUACAAGUCAUCGACGCUGGGGCUCCGCAUUCUGUCCAUGUUGGGGAACAGCUCCAUUUGAUGCAGUGGUUUUGA